AAAUCUUACUACAGGCCACAGCUGAUGGUCGACGACGUAAACACAAUCCAGAUAAACCUUUCCUACUCUAGCUGUUCCUCGUACAAAAUGUCAUCUCCUGUGUCUAAAAUUGUUCGUAAGGUCGUCAAAAAUGAAGAGGAGGUGGCGGAAGAAUUGUGUAGUUUAAUUGAGAAACUUUCUAAUGAAUCUAUCAAACAGAGAGGAAGUUUUACCAUUGGUUUAUCAGGAGGGUCCAUGGCCAAGUUUGUGUGCAAUGGAAUACCUUCUAUCCAGACCGAGUGGGGGAAGUGGUCGUUGUUCUUCUGCGACGAACGUCUUGUGCCGUUCACAGCCGAGGACUCUACCUAUAGACUAUAUCGCAAUGGUCUGGUUGGCAAGACACCAUUGAAGGAGGAACAGUUUAUUGCCAUUAACCCAGAUUUAGAAGUGACAGCAGCAGCGAAAGAUUAUGAGGAGAAAGUACGAGCAAAGUUCCCUGAUUGUGAUUGGCCAAAGUUUGACCUCCUGUUGCUCGGGAUGGGGCCAGACGGACACACGGCCUCUCUUUUCCCCGGUCACCAGCUACUGAAGGAAGACAAUGUGUGGAUCGCUGCCAUUAGUGACUCCCCUAAACCUCCUCCGUGUAGAGUCACCAUGACUUUCCCCGUCAUAAACGCCGCCCGCUGUUGUGUGUUUGCGAUGGCCGGACAGGGGAAGGCUGAUAUGGUCAAGCGUAUCCUGGGAGAUGGAGAAGAAUUGCCCACAGGGAUGGUUAAGCCUGUCAGGGGAGAAUUGAUCUGGAUACUUGAUGAAGCUGCAGCAUCCAAGUUGUGAAGUGACUGACUGACUGUCUCUUUCCUCUUCGUUGAUUUGUCAUGACUUUCGGUGAGGCGCAUGACCUACGAGACACACUGUCGAUACUACUACAUAUACGGUAUUAAGAACCUCAUGAGGGAUAGAUGGAAAUUCUGUAGUUUUUCGAUAUUUAAACUUUAUAAUUUACGAUAAAAAACAUAUUGUCUGCAAUUAUUUAUGUUACUCUAUCGAGGUUACUUAACUUCUUUUGGCCGACCUGGGGAUUAGCUUCCUCUGGUCUCCCUAAUGACCUAAAACCACUCAAUUAGUAUUAGGGUAUUUAAUUAUCAGGUGAUAUAAGCUGGGGGUGGUAUUCUUCAGGUGAUCUAUGCUAUCGGUAAUGAAAGGUACGGUAUCAUACAGUCUCUUACUUACAGGUGAUGGGCUUCAUGUUAAUCCCUUCUCUUAUCUUUUAUUGUAUUUUGUUGUAUAUCUGUCUUCUCCUUGGGGUAUGAAACACUCAUUAAUACAAAUAAUUAAUAUUUUUUUAAAGUGGACAAUGAUGUGUACAGAACCAGGAAUCUAUCCAUUCAAACAAAAUCAUCAGGUUCAUCUAAAACUUUUUUAACAUUCCAACAUAUUUUAUUUUGUAUUAAUGUGUUUUUGUAAUCCUUUUUCAUGUAAAAUUGGUAACAAAUAAAAGCUUUAAAUUCAUUUAGGUUCCUGGAUUGAUAACUAAUAAGAAAUAAAAGGCUUGGAUUAAGCUUUAACCAAUAUGUUCUUGUGAGUGAAUUGGCUGCCUUUCACAUUGUUAAUUAUUGAGACUUAAAUACAAACUGUAAAUCUAAUUAUUUUUGUUACUUUUGUGUACAACUACAUUGAUGAAAUAAACAAAUCUUGGCA